AUAAACUAUUAUAACGUGCCACUUACUCUGGUUUUCCCGGCUGUUGUCACACUUUUCACACCAGCAGCAGACUUGUGCUGAAACUUUGGCGUUUGUCAGUGUCUGUGCUUAACGAAAUGCUACAAAUACGGAAAUUAUUUUGGAGUAAACGGACCUGAAGCGAAGCAGUAUGCCAGCGCCGGAGCUCUACACAAAGUUUGCUCGGGUCUGGAUCCCAGACACCACAGAGGUGUGGAGAUCGGCAGAUCUGACUGCAGACUACAGACCUGGAGAUGCGUUCCUUCAUUUAGAGCUGGAAGAUGGCACGGAGACUGAGUAUAAGCUGGACCCCAAGAACACCGUCUUGCCCCCUCUCCGCAAUCCAGACAUCCUGGUGGGUGAGAACGACCUCACGGCUCUCAGCUAUCUCCAUGAGCCGGCCGUGCUGCACAACCUCCGGGUCCGAUUCACGGACUCCAAACUUAUCUACACUUACUGCGGGAUCAUUCUGGUGGCGAUCAAUCCUUAUGAAAGUCUGCCGAUCUAUGGGACAGACAUCAUUAAUGCAUACAGUGGGCAGAACAUGGGUGACAUGGACCCUCAUAUCUUUGCUGUAGGAGAAGAGGCCUUCAAACAAAUGGCAAGGGAUGAGAAAAAUCAGUCUAUUAUUGUCAGUGGUGAAUCUGGAGCAGGAAAGACCGUGUCUGCCAAAUAUGCCAUGCGUUACUUCGCCACGGUCAGCGGCUCCUCUGCUGAGACCAGCGUGGAGGAGAAAGUGUUGGCAUCCAGCCCCAUCAUGGAAGCCAUAGGAAAUGCCAAAACCACCCGAAAUGACAACAGUAGUCGUUUUGGGAAGUACAUUGAAAUUGGGUUUGACAAGAAGCAUCAGAUCAUUGGGGCGAACAUGAGGACGUAUCUGCUGGAGAAAUCCAGAGUGGUGUUUCAGGCGAGCGAGGAGAGAAACUAUCAUAUCUUUUAUCAGCUUUGUGCCUGCGCCCAUCUACCUGAAUUUGCACCUCUGAAGUUAGGUAGCACUGAAGACUUCCCCUAUACGAAUCAAGGCAGUAGUCCUGUCAUAGAGGGUGUGGAUGACCUUAAAGAGAUGCAGGCCACUAGGAAAGCCUUUUCAUUGUUGGGAAUUACUGAGACGUACCAAAUGGGUUUAUUCCAGAUUCUGUCUGCAGUCCUUCAUCUGGGUAAUGUGGAGAUAAACGAGAGGGGUUCAUCUAGCUGUGCCGUCUCUGAUGAAAGCGGUCACCUGGCAGUGUUUUGUGAACUCACUGACAUAUCGUACGAGUCCAUGGCACACUGGUUGUGUCACAAAAAACUCAAGACCGCCACUGAAACCUUAAACAAGCCCGUUACCAGGACGGAGGCCGUGAAUGGCCGCGACGCUCUCGCCAAACACAUUUACGCCAAACUGUUCUCGUGGAUCGUCGGCGAGAUCAACAAGGCUCUGAGCACUUCAUCAAAACCGCACUCGUUCAUCGGUGUGCUGGACAUCUAUGGGUUCGAGACCUUCGAGGUGAACAGCUUUGAGCAAUUCUGCAUCAAUUACGCCAACGAGAAGCUCCAGCAGCAGUUUAACAUGCACGUGUUCAAGUUGGAGCAGGAGGAGUACAUGAAGGAGCAGAUCCCCUGGACGCUCAUCGAUUUCUACGACAACCAGCCAUGCAUCAAUCUUAUAGAGGCCAAGAUGGGCCUGCUUGAUCUUUUAGAUGAAGAAUGCACUAUGCCCAAAGGUUCAGAUGAGUCCUGGGCGCAGAAGUUGUACAACACUCACCUGAAGAAAAGCUCUCACUUUGAGAAGCCUCGCAUGUCCAACACGGCUUUUAUCAUCCAGCACUUUGCAGACAAGGUUGAAUACCAGUGUGAUGGGUUUCUGGAGAAGAAUAAAGAUACAGUCAAUGAAGAACAGAUCAAUGUGUUAAAGGACAGCAAGUUCACCCUGUUGGUGGAGCUCUUCCAGGAUGAAGAAACCCCCGCAACACCAAAAACCGCUGCACCAUCCAGCCGUGCAAAGAUCGGACGGACCAUUCAGUCUUUAAAAGAGCACAAGAAAUCGGUUGGACUGCAGUUCCGAAAUUCUCUUCACCUGCUCAUGGAGACGCUAAACUCCACCACCCCACAUUAUGUGCGCUGUAUUAAACCUAAUGACAUCAAAGCUCCAUUCAUGAUGGAUCCUCAUCGAGCAGUCCAGCAGCUCCGGGCAUGCGGAGUCCUCGAGACCAUUCGUAUCUCAGCUGCAGGCUUCCCAUCCAGGUGGACUUAUCAGGAGUUUUUCAGUCGGUACCGUGUUCUCAUGAAGCAAAAAGAUAUCGUGUCAGACAGAAAACUGAUCUGUCAGAAUGUUCUAGAGCGACUUGUGCAUGACAAGGAUAAAUACCAGUUUGGCAAAACAAAGAUCUUCUUCCGGGCUGGGCAGGUUGCUUACCUGGAGAAGCUGAGGGCAGACAAACUCCGUAAAGCCUGCAUCGACAUCCAGAAGACCAUUCGGUGCUGCCUCGCCCGCAAAAAGUACCUCCGUAUCCGGCAGGCGACCAUCACCAUACAGAGAUAUGUUCGGGGACAUCAGGCUCGCUGCUUGUGCGAGACCAUGAGAAGAACUCGGGCAGCGGUGAUCUUUCAGAAAAACACUCGGAUGUGGGCAGCGAGACGACAGUUUCGGCGGCAGAAAGCUUCAGCGAUUCUCAUUCAGCGGUUAUUGCGUGGCUAUGCAGCCCGACUGGAGUAUAAACAGUUGGUGUAUGAACACAAGGCUCGAUUGAUCCAGCGCUGGGUGCGAGGCUUCCUGGCCCGCUGGCGUUACCGUCGCAUCAAACGCGCUGUGCUUUAUUUACAGUGCUGUGUCCGCAGGAUGCAGGCCCGCAGAGAGCUCAAGAAACUCAAGAUCGAGGCCAGAUCCGUCGAGCACUACAAGAAACUCAACGUCGGCAUGGAGAACAAGAUCAUGCAGCUGCAGUGGAAACUGAAUGAGCAGCAUAAGGAGAACCGAGAGCUUUCCGAGCGAAUAAGCGCUAUGGAGAGCCACAAUGUCACUGAGAUGGAGAAGGUGCAGGUUCAGCUCAGGACCCUUCAGGAGGCUGAAGAGGAGGCUCGUCACCGUGGAGACAAGGUGUCAUCGCUGGAAGAGGAACUGGAGUUGGUCCGGCAAGAGCUGGAGAAGAACAAAGCGAUGGUCGCCGAGCUAAAUGAGAGGAACGCGGUACUGAUGAGUGAAAAAGAUGAGAUGAAGAAACUGAUUCAGGAUCAGGAGCAGCAAUUAACAGAAAAGUUAGACUUGCCCCAUCAGGACAUCACCGAGCAACUUCAAUUGGAGCUGAACGAGGAACGUUUCCGUUACCAGAACCUUCUGACCGAGCACCUUAAACUAGAGGAGCGCUACGCUGACCUGAGAUCAGAGAAAGAGGCUGAUCUCUCCAAGCUAGGACAUAACCGAGCAGAAUCUGGUUACAACAGCAGCCAAUCGGAGAGCAUCCACGUCUCUGACCUCACAGGGUCAGAGGUCAGCUCGCUGGACAAAGAGGAUGCUCAGCAGACGGCAGCAGAUUUGUCCCUGCUGUUGAAACUCCAGAGACGAAUCGCUGAGCUGGAGAAAGAAAAGAUGGACCUGCAGAAUGAGAUGGACAGCAAAGAAGAGCAGCUACAACAGGAGAGGGCUAAAGAACUGGAGGAGUGUCAGAGACUUUUAGGGGCAGAAAGAGACUAUGAAGCUCUGAAGCGUCAGGAGCUGGAGUCUGAUAAUAAGAAACUGAAGAAAGAUCUGCAGGAGCUCCAUCAGUCUCUUGGUAAAGGGGCGGGGUCGAAGGCAUGGUCGAAGGCGGCGUCUCCUGGAGGUCAGACCUAUAACGUUCUCCUCGAACAGCUCAACUCCACCAAUGAAGAGCUUGAGGUGCGAAAGGAGGAGGUGCUUAUUCUUCGAUCUCAGCUGGUUAGCCACGAGGCUUUCAAACAUAAGGAAACUGCAGUGGAAGGAGAUUCAGGCGACUCGAGCAGAUCGCCCACGUUUGAUCUUCAUGAGCUUAAUGAGGAUGGAGAACUCUGGAUGGCUUACGAGAGCCUGAAGGAGACAAACAGGUUACUGGAGUCACAGUUACAAACUCAGGGACAGACCCAUGAGAAGGAAGUGGAGAGCUUGAGGGCGGAGCUUCAGCGGUUGAGGGCGGAGCUCGACCAGGAGCAUCAGAUGCUGUCGGACAGCCUGGAGCUUCCGCAAGAUGCUCGGAUACAAGCGAGCCUGCAGCACGAGAUCAGUCGCCUCACGCAGCAAAAUAUGGAGCUCCUGGAGCAGAUGGGGAAACAGGACAAAAUGGUCCGCAAACUAAAGAAAUACUUGAAAAUCUACACAAAGAAGUUUGGGGAGUCUGAAGGUGUUUAUAUAGAUCAGACCUCUCCAGAGAGUCGUGUGGGUGAGAGCGGCCGUACGGUCAGCAUAGUUCGUAAAGAGAGAGACUUCCGGGGAAUGCUGGAGUACAGGAGAGAAGACGAGAGCAAACUCUUCAAAAUACUCAUCACAGAACUCAAACCCAGAGGUGUGGCGGUGAAUCUGAUCCCAUGUCUGCCCGCUUACAUUCUUUUCAUGUGUCUGCGGCACGCCGACUACACCAACGAUGACCAGCGGGUCUCCACCCUUCUGAACUCAUCUAUCAAUUCCAUCAAGAGUGUGCUGAAGAAAAGGGGAGAAUUUGAAACCAUUUCGUUCUGGUUGGCAAACACCUGUCGAUUAUUACAUUGCCUCAAGCAAUACAGUGGAGAAGAGGCGUACACGAAGCACAACACGCCGCGGCAAAAUGAACAGUGCCUGACAAACUUUGACCUUUCUGAGUACCUUCAGGUUUUGAGCGAUCUGGUCAUUCAGAUCUACCAGCAGCUGAUCAAGGUCACAGAGAAUAUUUUACAGCCCACGAUCGCCCCAGCUAUGUUGGAGCAGGAGACCAUCCAGGGCGUGAUGGGUGUCAAGCCCACCGGCAUGAGAAAACGCACAUCUAGUGUUCAUGAGGAGACUUCUCACACACUGGAGUCUGUUUUAAAACAGCUGGAUGUGUUUUAUUACACGUUGCUUCAGCACGGCAAUGACGGCGAGCUCGUCCGACGUGUCAUCAAACAGCUCUUCUACAUCAUCUGCUGCGUCACGCUGAAUAACCUGCUGCUGCGCAAGGACAUGUGCUCCUGGAGUAAAGGCCUUCAGAUCAGGUAUAAUGUAUGUCAGUUAGAGGAGUGGGCUAUGGAUAAAGACCUUCAGGGCAGUGGAGCUCGUGAGAGUUUGGAGCCUCUCAUCCAGGCCGCACAACUUCUGCAGAUCAAAAAGAAAAGCCAGGAUGAUGCUGAGGCCAUCUGUACCAUGUGUACGGCUCUCACAACACAACAGAUUGUGAAAAUCCUCAGCUUGUACACACCAGUAAAUGAGUUUGAGGAGAGAGUAUCUAUAUCAUUUAUAAAGUCCAUACAGAUUUUAUUAAAGGAUCGUAAGGAAUCUUCUCAGUUGCUGAUGGACCCCAAGAUCGUUUUUCCAGUGACUUUCCCCUUUAACCCUUCACCUGUAGCUCUGGAGACCAUUCAGAUACCCAGCAGCCUAAAUCUGAACUUCCUCACACGGGUUUAAAAAGAGGCCAGUGGUGUCAUACACAAACAUACAUGAAAUAAUCAGCUAUAAAGACUAAUGGUAUGUUCAGAUUCAAACCAAAGGCUUUGGAUAUCAUAGCCACACCAUCAGAACACUGGUCAACAUUUCAAAUGAUUUCACUUUAGGAUUUUUAGAACUUAAGGCACAUUUUUCAAUCUCUGUCUGUCAUACAGUUAUGAGACAAAAUGGUUUAUAAGGUUAAAUGUUUUGUCAUUGUUUCGCAUUAUACUGUAUGUCUAGAAUGUAUAUGCUGACUUUAUAUAAAUAAAAUUUUGGUAUUAAUUUAAUAGAAA